AACCUAAAAACUAAUUUCACCUCGAUUGAAACCAGGGGUAACUGAAUUUCUUCUAACGCCUGUUACUCCUAUACACGACAUAGCAGACGCCUAGGGCGCAAACUUCACUUUGGCAAUUUCACUUUGCCUCAGACUGGGGGAGUUAGUGGUGAUGGUAUCGAAUAGGACCACCUCUGUCAUAAUGUAUAAUGUGGAGGCGUUUCAGUUGGACGCCAUAAUUAUGCUUGAAUAACCGAGGAACAGGACAGUCUCGGCUGGUUUAUUAACAAUCUUUAAAUUGUACGGCUGACUAAAGAAAUAAAUGGAAAUCAAGAAAAAAACAUCUUUUGUUUUGUUUUACCUAUGCUGGUUUUUGUCAUGGGUCGCCAAAGGAUUCGACUUAGCGCAGAAACCGAGGAUUACGCUGAACGCAGAAGAUGAGAUCCCAUUCUUCAGAAAAUACUCUCUGGGGGGUCAUCACAGCCGGGUAGAGCUUCUUCAGGGGCCAUCUAACAGCACCGUCUAUGUUGGCGUUGACGGCGAACUCAUCCUUAUUGAUUUCAAGGCACAUAAGCGCACUCAGAUCGCUUUGAAAUACAAUGUCACCUUACUGCACAGACAUCCAAAAGCACAGUCCCUCCUUGUAUGUGGAACCAACGGAGAACCGCUGUGCAGCACCGUGUCUAUGGAUGUGAUGAACAGCAGUGCACCUGUUUCCGCCAAAGGAAUCGCCCCAUUUGGUGUGGAUGAACAAGCGCCGUCUUUGUUUAUUGAGGACGAACUGUACACCACCGCCAAUUAUGAGAAGUCCGGUGGCAGGAUUGGAAUUCGUCGCUGGAAUGUUGGGCUAAUGGGCGGCAUCUGGUCAAAUCAAGAAAACACCCAUGACCUGAGGUACGUAGCACUGGCGUGGAGCGGACCCAGAGAGGAUCAGCUGCAGGACAAAGUGUACGCCUUCGUGUUGGAGAAGAAUCGAGACGCCUCGUGGGCGGCUGAGCUCUGGAUCCCUCUUGUCACACAGAUUUGCAAAAUGGAUCGUGGUGGCCCGAAAAAUUGCCUGCAGAAGUCCUGGACAUCCCACCUGAGGGCCCGGCUGUCAUGCGGCGUCCCUGACAGAAAGCUGUACUUCAGCAGACUGGUGGACGUGACCAUCCUGCAUGCAGAACGAUGGAAUGAGAGCCGAGUGUACGCACUCUUCAACGAUGGCUGGAACAUGUCUGCAGUGUGCAUUUAUACCUUGGGUGACAUCGACCGUGUCUUCGCAACAUCCUCCUUCAAAGGACUCUCAGGCCAGGUUCCAGAUCCAAGGCCCGGGAUGUGUGUUACUGACAGCACAAAGCUUCCACGAGAUGUCCUGAAAAUGAUGAUGGAACGGUUGGAGAUGGAGGAAUGGGUGAAACCCGUGGGUGACAGACCUCUGAUCAUUAGCAGGCACCAGUAUACGCACAUUGAAGCGGACAGUGUGAUGGCUGUGGACGGCACCCAGCACCGUGUCCUGUUCCUGGCCUUAGAGGAUGGGCGUAUCCACAAGGUCCUGGAGGCCAUGGGCCGGUUCUUCAUCAUAGCCGAGCUCAAACUCUUCCAGCAAAAGACUGUCAUCCAUAACAUGUUGCUGCAGAAUGAGACGAAGAAGCUGUAUGUCAGUAACAGCACAGAGGUGUUGGAGGUGGACCUGCAUGCUUGCAAGAACUAUGGAACUCAGUGUGAAGAUUGUAUCCAGGCCCGGGACCCCUACUGUGGCUGGGAUACCGCAUUAAUGACAUGCACCGCUGCCUCCAGUGGAACAAUUCAGGAUGUGAAGCAUGGACAUUUCCGUAGCUGUAGAGGCCUUGCUCAAUCUUCAGCGCUCCACGCUUCGCCGCUCGUGACGGAGGUGCCACUCAAGGCCGCUCACUUCCUGAAUUGCCCCAUGCGAUCAGGCCACGCCAAGUACAACUGGUACUAUAACGACCAUCCCCAGGGCUGCGUGCACACGGAAAAAGACUGUUUGCUGCUGAUAAAGACAAUGGGCCCAGAACACGACGGCAAGUACGAGUGUAAAGCCUCUGAAGGGGGCUACGAGAAAACGGUGUCCCUGGCUCAGCUGCGGACUGCGGGCAAGGCGGCCGGGCUGGCCCCCCCUCUGGCUGGAGCAGUGUGCCUCCUGUCCUGUUUCACCUUCUUCCUGUAGUUCUCGCUUCCCUUAACCCACUUAUCACUUUGCCCAAAAGUAUGUCAAAUUUUCUUUCCACUCUUUUCGCAAACAGUGCACUGAACUUAAAAACUUCAUACAUAAACACAGGCAUACUUCCAUUCCAGACUUUGAUCAGGUGGCUGGAGUCAGAUUUUCAAUGCAAGGCAAGUCUGUAUAUGCAUUGUCAUGUAAGUUUUAUUCUCUUAUCUGUAGGAUUUUGAUAUAGCUAAUAUAUACACUUUUGAUAUGGCUAAUUUUAGGUUUAAAAUGGAAUAAAAUAUAUUUGACAUAA